GAUUGCACGUUGCGUGUGGCAAACACGGAUCUAAAUCGCACGAAUGUUAGAACAUCAACCUUCGGCAGCAAAUUAUGAUCAAUCAAGAGUUCACGUGGCCAGAAGAACUUCAGCCAGUCAUUAUUGGAGAAAGGAAAUUCUUCCGCAUAGAAGACCCGUUACUUUCCCAUUUUGGAUUAAAGAUGCACGUGAAGAAGAAAGGUUACAAACAUUUGGAUAAGAUUAUCGAGACCAACGGUUUGUCGGUCAGUGAAGAAUAUCUGUUUAAAAAUGAAAGUUCCAAGCUCCGAACUCACAUGUCUUGCAAAGUUGGGAUAUUAUUACUCUUUACGCACAAGAGUAGACUGCAAGGAGAAGACAAUGAAACUGCUUCAAGACUUCGAUGCUAUUUAAUCGAUAUGCUUCUUGGCACUGUGCUGAAUACAGCUGCAUAUAAUACUGUUCACAAUGAACUAAAUUCAGCAGAACCACUUAGAAAUCAGUCAUCUUUGAAUGCACCAUCUUCUCCUCCUCCACAGUUGGAAACAGGAACUUCACCUUUUUCUGAUACACAAUUCUCUGGACCACUAUUACCAGAAAAUUCAUCUUUCUCACACCCUCCAUCCUCUGUACCACUGUUGCAACCAACAACUCCAGCAAGUUCAUCUUUCUCCAAUCCACCAUCCUUUGGGCCACUGUUACAACCACACAGACAAAUGAAAAUUAAGCAGGAACCCUUAGAAACCAAUGAGAUUUAACUAUCAGUCUCCGAAGACAUUGACACAUGAUGCAAUCUGGGGCAAAAUGCAAGCCUAUUUUUCCCACCAAGCUGUAGGAGUUAGUGGUCAGAAUUAUUUACACCCAAAUACAGAUUUUUUUGUCUUG